GCAGGGGAUGACCAGAGACUGCAGACAGUGCAGUGCAGGGGGGAUGACCAGAGACUGCAGACAGUGCAGGGGAUGACCAGAGACUGCAGACAGUGCCACACAGUGGGGAUGACCAGAGACUGCAGACAGUGCAGGGGAUGACCAGAGACUGCAGACAACAGUGCAGGGGAUGACCAGAGACUGCAGACAGUGAUGACCAGAGGGAUGACCAGAGACUGCAGACAGUGCAGGGGAUGACCAGAGACUGCAGACACAGUGCAGGGGAUGACCAGAGACUGCAGACAGUGCAGGGGAUGACCAGAGACUGCUGAC